UUCAAUGCAAAACCUAAUCUUUGUGUGUGUUCUUGUUCUUGUUGGAUCUACACUUUCCUCUGCAGAUCUAGACCAAGACUGGGGUAGAGAGAAGAGAAUGUAUUCUCAUCGAAGCUUUAAUCCUGUCAGGAGGAUCAGGGGUACCAGGAGGGACGAUCCUGCCAGAGAGUCGAGGAUUGUAAAUAUUCCUCCUCUACGUAGACUACAAUCCCCACAGGUGGCUGAGGUCCCUCAAAUCUAUCGUGAGGAUAUAAUACUCCCUCCCCUCCAGGCAUCUAGAGAUAUAUCUCUCCCUGGUGUACAGUCUGCUCAUGCGCUACAGGUUUCAAGGCAGGGACAUCCUCAAGCUGUCAACUUCAAGACUUUAGCUGACAGACAAGAGGAAAGAAUGAGCCGAGCUGAGCUUCUAAACCUUCUUGAGAAAGCUGUCAAAAUGAGAGGAACUUCAAUGAACAACCCUUCCCGUGCACUCAGAUACGGAUUCUUCUAAAAUUGAGAAAUCCAUCAAAUAAAA